AUGUCGGCAAAAAGCCCCUGGGUCUUGUAUCUACACUCACGCCGAGUGAGUGGUUGGGGUAAUGGUGGUUGGAGUGGUGGGAGAGUGGUUGGAGUGAUGGGAAUGGUUGGAGUGGUGGGAGAGUGGUUGGAGUGGUUGGAGAAUGGUGUGAAUGGUGGGAUUGGUGGGAGUGGUGUGAAUGGUGUGUAUGGUGUGAAUGGUGGGAGUGGUGUGAGUGGUGAGAGUGGUGGGAGUGGUGGGAGUGGUGAGAGUGGUGGGAGUGGUAGGAGUGGUGAGAGUGGUGGGAGUGGUGUGAGUGGUGGGAGUGGUGGGAGUGGUGGAGUGCGAUUGGAAGGACUGUUACCACCGUAG